UGGAUUGUGGUUGUUUGAUGAUUGAUGUAUCAAUUAAUUUCAUAUAAAUAAUUAGUUUUUGGUUUACUUUGCUUUGUUUCGCUUGGAAAUUUCUAUAUUCAAAGGUGAUUUGUGAUUUUAUAUCGGUUUGGCUUUCUUCUGUGUUUUUCCAUAUUCAUCAUUAAGUAAUGAAUGGAUAGAAACUCAAGCGGAAACUAUUAAAAUAGGAGCAGCCCAGUAGAAAAAAAGCAAAAGACUAUACCUGACUGAAUAUGGUAGGCUUCGGUGAAUCUAGUCAACAGUCAACCACUAAGAACUUUCAUAAAAGUGUUAGUGAAAAUGUCUAGCAAGCUAAAGCGAAAAAUAACAGUCAGUCUCAAUACUCACAAAAGAAAGUCUCAUCAGACGAAAGCACGUCCUAGUGUCUUCGAUCGUUUGGGAAUCAAGUCAGGAAAUACCAUACUCAAGGAGUUCUGUCAUCCUUGGGCUCAGACAGGGUCUUGUCCUUACGGAAAAGGUUGCAAAUACUCUAAUACGCACAUCCUGAUCAGUCCCUCUAAGCAGCGCGCAGCGAAAAUCCAGUCGGUACCGAAGAAACGUCAUGCCAAGGAGGGGCAUAAGCGCAUUCACGCUGCUGGUGAGCAACCGGAAAACUCGGAUCAGUGGAAUCCUGACGAUCUAGAGGACGCCGAUCCCGAUGAUCUUGAGAAAAAACGUCAAGAAUUGCAACGGGAACUAGAAUUACAAAUGAAGAUGGAUCAUAAAGCUAGAAAGAAGCAGAAGAGGAGUAAAAAGGUAAGCACUCCAUCAAGCGAGUCCUCUUCGACUUCAACUGAUUCAACUAGCAGCAGUGAAGCUUCGACUUCUUCAAGUUCUUCAUCUCUUGAAACCAAACGCAAAAAAUUGAAAAAGCUCAAAAGUAAGAGGGUUCCUUCUUCUAGUUCUGAGGAACGUGCUCGCAAACACAAGAAAAUUAAGCAUACUGCUAAAUUAGCUUCACGUGAUAAGUCUAAGAAGGGAAAAUUGCAUACCCCUAAAGUUGUUGUUAAAUCUCCCUCACCAGUGAAAAUUAGAAAAAAGAGCGAAACUCCUCCAAUCAAAACAAAAUUAAUUCUUAAGAAAGACGCCUCUGAAGCAAAGUCUCCAAGACCUCAGAGUAGAUCAAGUGAUAGAAAAGAAAAGCAUCGUACUCCAAGUCCGAAGAGUUCUAGAGAAAAAGAACGAGAACGAGAAAAGGAGAAGGAACGGGAGCGCGAAAGGGAGAGGGAAAAAGAACGUGAAAAGGAACGGGAAAAGGAGAAAGAACGGGAACGAGAAAGAGACAGGGAACGAGAAAGAGCAAAGCUGAGAGAAAAAGAACGCGAGCGUGAAAAGAGAAAGUCUAAAUCGCCCAAGCGAGACAGCAGAGGCGGCAAGGAUGCAAAGAGGCGUGAAUCGCCAGAUUCCAACCAUUCAAAGGAUAGAAAAAGUUCACCGAGUCGGUCCAAAGCUAGCAGUGGUACUUCAAAGAGAGACCGAACCUCAGAAAAAGGAGAUAAAAGGGAUGAAAGAGGAAGAUCAAGAGAUAGAAGCAGGACAACAGACAAGUCGCGAAAAGAUAAACGAGAUUCGAGAGAAAGAGAACGCGAUCGCGAUAGGGAAAAAAGGCUUCGAGAAGAAAGAGAAGCGGCCCGUGAAAAAGAAAGAGAAGAAGCUUUGGCCAGGUGUCAAGAGCGGCAACGAGAAAGAGAAAGACUCAAGGACUUGGAGAAGAAAGACACGGACAGAAGAGGAAGGGAUAGGGUGCGAAGGGAUGAUAGGGGAUUGGAUAAACCAACAGGUGAUAGAAUCGAAAGACUUCUUCCUCUACCAGAAGAUCGUGUACCACCAGGUCGUCGCCAUUCGACUGACAGAGAACGCAGCCGUGGUCAUUCAGUGGAUACAAGAAAAUCAACUAGAAACAGUCCAGAUAGACAUGAACAUGAUAGAGCUUAUGACAGGGAGAGAGGCUACGAUCGAGAACAAGAGGAGCGUGGUAGAGAAUAUGGAAUGCCUGGUAGAAUAAGGGAAGAGAGAAGACUUGAUGAAGGGCCUUUUGACAGAAAUCGUCAUGAAGAUCGUCGCUACCUGGAUAUUGAAGGCCAUUAUAAUGAAAGUUCAAGGGAGGAGAGAAUUCCUUUGGAAGGACGAGAAUAUGUGGAUGAUAGGAGAGACAUCAGAAGAGACAUGUGGGAGAUAAGAGAAGAACGAAUAGAUAUGGAAAGAGAUUUUGCUCCACGUGGCAGAGGAUAUGCUAGACCAGAUGUGCGACCCCCAGGAGCAAAAGGUCGCGGAGAGUGGAUUGAGCCAGAAUACACCGACCGCGAAUGGGAUGGUAGGGGUAGAGGAAGAAGACCGAUUGAUUGGGAAAACAGAGAAGGUUGGGAUGGACCACGUGGCCCAGAAGAAGAAUGGCGUCAUUUCGAUCGCGGUAUAGAUAACUGGGCAGGAAAUGAUAACAGGCGAAGAUGGCCGAAUAAUCGGAAUAAUGAUUGGAGAGAAAAUAGGGACAACAAGGAAUCUAGGGAAAAUAAUUCAAGACCAAGAAGUGCUGCAUCACAUAUUAUUGAAAAUACUGCUAAUGAUGAUAGCAAUAGUGAGUCCCGAAAAAAGGAAGCUGUAACUACUAGCGUAACCAAUGUGGAACAGGUUGCAGUCGAUUCCACAAAACCAGAAACAGACUCUACGACUUCGAUGAAGAGACCCGCAGAAGAUUCUCCGGAUGGCGUUGGUGAAAUAAAAAAAACCAAAUCAGAUCCGGUGCCAGUAUUGGAAGACGAUUUGAGCGAAAUUAGUGACGAUGCUGAUGAUAUUUUAAACAGAGAUGAGGAUAUACUUGAUGAGGCCAUAGAAGAACCAAUAGAGUCUGCUCCUGUUGUAAAUCUCGAAAGUCAACCAAUUGUUUCAGCAUCUGAAAUAGUUCCUUCCGCCACAGCUUCACAAAAAUCCCAAUCGCCCGCUCAGUCUCCAGCUAAGAGCGCCCAAAAAGACGAAUCCAUUGAUGAUAUGGAUCUUGAUUUCGAGGAAAUAUCUGAAGACGAACUAGAUGAAGAGUCUAAAGUUAAGGGUAUUGGAGAUGCUUUGGGUGUCGAUUGGGCUAGUUUGGUAGCAGAAUCCCGCUCUAGGGUCAAACCAAUGAGUUCAGCUAAACUGCGAUGGGAACCGCAUAAUAUUUUGGUUAAUUUGGGUAUAUCUGUGAGGUUAGCUGGUGAAGAUUUGGUCAAAGAUAUUCUCAAGCAUCACGCCGAAGUGGAUAUGAUCCAGGAAAAAGUAGAAGACAAGGGUAAAAAUGAUUCCUCAAGCAACAGUUUAGUGAACAUCAAUGGCAUAAAGCAAGAAAUCAAAGAGGAACCAGAUGACGAAUUCACAGAACCAAUCAGCCUAGUGCCAAAAGAAGAACCUAAAACCGAUACUGAUGACCUCAACAUUUCCCAUCCGAUUGCUGCCAUUCAGGUGGCCAAUCAAGAACACCAACAGAUUCGUAAGACUUUAUUCAGUAGCGUGGGUCUCCAUAGAAGGGCUCUAUCUGCCAGGCGUGAUCUUAUGAUCAGAAGGCAUUUGUGUAAUUUGCCAAUUAAUGAUACUUAUGUGGAAGCGCCCAAAAGGCACGAUCCCGAGUUGUUUAAAGCCGCUACUCAACUAUUCGAAAGAUGUUUAUAGGAUUUAACUACACAUUAUUCAUUUAUUAUUGAUAAGUUGUAUUGGAACACAAAAAUAAAUAUUUGGUAGAAAAAACAAAUUGUGUUUUUACUUGCAAAUUUAAUACAAAAAAUAUCUCUUUAUUAAUCAACAAUUAGGAAACAAUGAUAAUAACUAUUUUAUGCACAAUCCUUGAACAAGUAGCUUACAUCUUCACCUAUUUUCAUUUCAACAGGCUCUUGAUCUCUGAAAAUGAAAUCAUUUAUUGUAUAUUUUAAUAGAGAAAAGAACCUAUAAUCAGGGGUUUGGGAAUGAUAUUAUGAGGGCAAGUGUUUAUAUAAUAUUAACUAGGUUUAGAUUCAGCUCUGAUAUUUAUCUUUAACUUUACAUUUGCUCAUAGUAACUUUCAUAAAAUGAGGCAUCAACAAGUUCUGUAGGUAAAUAAUUAGCCUCUUUUCCUUGAAGAGGGUCGAUUUAUAAAACAUUAGCAACAUUGUUCCAAUUACCUAACAAAUAGUUUAGCUCCUGUGAAACCCUUCAAAACAGCAUUAUACCCUUCGACAUGCAAUAGAGCGCCCUCUCGCAGCCCUAAAACAGUGCAUGAAUCUUUUUCUUCAAGAUAUUGUCUAAUUCUAUCCUCUCUGGUUUCCCCUUUGUGUUUGGAAUUUGGCUCGGCAUCUAUGUAAUGUGGAUUGAUAUUGAAUGGAACAAGUUUUAAUGCUUCGAAACUUGGCGGAUAUACGAUGGGCAUGUCGUUUGUUGUGUUGAUACUUCUUGUAGCUACAUUUGUACCUGCAAUAUAUUUACUAAAUGUCAGUCCUCG